AUGUUCGGUCGUUUGUUAGGUCGUACCGCUUCCCCUCCAAGGGCUAUUGGAGCUCCUCUUUCUCGCACAACUACUACUACAUCAGGUGGAGAGGAUUCAACUACAUCUGCCGAGCGUGAUGCUAGGGAUAAGGAAGUCGUCGAGGCUGCUAUCGAGGAGGCUGUGAAGAAGGCCUUGAACUUGGAUGUAUUUUCAAAUGCCAUCGCUACCUCUUUGCUCUCGCAGAUUAAACCAGCCUUCGAAUCAUCCAUCAGUUCUAUCCCUACCGCCAUUCAGAAUGUUUCCCUCAAUGUUGAUGCUGUCGAUACAAAACUCGCUGCCACAGCUACCAAACUUUCUCAACAAAUCGAUGCUAGCAAUGCAGACACUGCAAGCAAAUUAGCUGCCAUCGAAGAAGCUAUUGCCAAGAUCACAUCUUCUUUGGAGGGAUUAAGUGAGAAGUCUUCCUCUCCUCAAGAUACAUUGGUUUUGGAAUCGCACACUACAAAGUUGGAUGGAAUUGCUACAGAGGUUGCUGCUCUUAAGAGCACUACAAAUGAGGAGGCAUUCAAUGCCAUCACAUCCGACCUUGCUAUUAUCAAGAGUGAUGUUGCCGCUAUCAAGGAAUCCGAUUCAAGUGCUACCUCCAAGGAUAUCCUCUCCGCUGUUAACUCUUCCAACGAAUCUCAUGCUUCCCAUGCUGCUGUUUUGAACGAAAUUAAGUCUGCUGCUGAAGGACAUGCUACCACUCUUGGAGAAAUUAAAUCUACUCCUGCUUCUGCCCCAACUGAUAUUUCUGGUCUCGAGAACUCCAUCAAGGAUAUUGCUACUUCCAUUGAGGAAAUCAAGUCCGCCCCUGCACCAACCACUGUCGAUAUCUCUGGUCUUGAAUCAUCUGUUAAGGAAAUUCUUUCCACUUUGGGUGAAGUCAAGGAAACUGUUUCUGCUCCAGCUGCCGCUGUUGAGAAGACUGAUAUUUCUGGAUUGGAAGCUUCCGUCAAAGAAAUCUCUGCUACUGUCAAUGAGAUCAAAUCUACUCCAUCUCCAGCUCACGAAACCAUCGACCUCUCUCCAAUUGAUGCUCAACUUAAGGAAGUUGCUUCUAACGUUGCAUCUAUUAAAGAAUCUACCUCUACACCAGCUACUACUCCUGAACCAACUGAUAUCUCGGGCUUGGAAUCUUCUGUCAAGGAAAUCAUCGCUACUCUCCAAGAUAUCAAGACUUCUACCAGCGCCGCUCCUAAGGAAGUUGACUUCUCUCCAAUCACAUCUACCCUCGAAUCCCACAAGAGCACACUCGAGGAGAUCAAGUCUUCCGCUUCUGGACCAGUCGACCUUUCUUCUCUCGAAUCCUCCAUUGCCGAAAUCAAGGCAGCUCUCGAAUCUCAUUCCGGUACUCUCACCGAAAUUAAGUCAGUUCCAGCACCAGAAAAGACUGAUCUCUCUACCAUUGAGAGCUCCGUUAACGAGAUUAAGACCAUUGUUGAGGAAAUCAAGACCAAGGAAUAUCCAGCUGCUGAGAAGGUUGAUUUGAGCAAUGUUGAAUCCUCAAUUGAAUCCAUCAAGGCAUCCGUUGAGGAAAUCAAGACCAAGGAAUAUCCAGCUGCCGAGAGGGUUGAUUUAAGCCACGUUGAAUCAUCUAUCGAAUCUAUCAAGGCAUCCAUCGAGGACAUCAAGGCUAAGGAGACCCCAGCUGCCGAAAAGGUUGACUUGAGUCAAAUCGAGUCUUCGAUCGAGUCUAUCAAGGCAUCCAUCGAGGACAUCAAGGCCAAGGAGACCCCAGCUGCCGAAAAGGUUGACUUGAGUCAAAUCGAGUCUUCGAUCGAGUCUAUCAAGGCAUCCAUUGAGGAAAUCAAGACUAAGGAGACCCCAGUUGCCGAAAAGAUCGAUUUAAGCGCUAUUGAGGCAUCAAUUGCCUCUGUGAAGAGCACAGUCGAUGAAAUCAAGGCUAAAGAAUCACCUGUUCCAGAAUCAGUUGAUUUGAGUAAGAUUGAAACUUCCAUCGAGUCCGUCAAGUCCAUCGUUGAAGAAAUCAAGGCCAAGGGGGCUCCAAUUCACGAAAAGAUUGAUUUGAGUGUAAUUGAGGCAUCCAUUGCUUCAGUCAAGAGUACUGUUGACGAAAUCAAGGCUACUCCAGCUCAAGAACAAAAGGCAGUUGAUCUUUCCAACAUUGAGUCUUCCAUUGCAGCUGUUAAGGCUACAGUGGAUGAGAUUAAGGCUACCCCAGCCCCAACUCAUGAAGCUACUGACCUUUCUAACAUUGAAUCAUCUAUUGCUGCCGUCAAGUCAUCUAUCGAUGAGAUCAAGGCUGCUCCAGCACCAGAGAAGGUUGAUCUCAGCUCAAUUGAAUCAUCCAUCUUAGAAAUUAAGGCAGCUAUUGAAGAAGUCAAGACAUCAUCUGCACCAGAAAAGGUUGAUCUCUCCAAUAUCGAAUCCUCCAUUGCAUCUGUCAAGACUACUGUUGAUGAAAUUAAAUCUACCCCAGCUCCAUCUUUCAAGGAAACUGACAUCACUGGUCUUGAAUCUUCCGUCAAAGAAAUAAUCACAAGUAUCUCUGCUCAAGAUGGUGUCUUGACUGAAAUUAAGACUACAACUGAGAAAUUUGAUACCAAGGAAGUUUUGACCAAGGUUGAGUUGAUUGCUCAGGAGGGUGUUUCUUUGAAUGAGAAGGGACUUGCUCAAAUCCAGGACAAUGUUAAGACUAUUGAGUUGAAGUCACCAGCUACACCAACCUCACCAACAACUCCAACCUCCCCAACAUCUCCAGGAUCCCCAUCAUCUUCGACAUCCCCAUCAAAGUCUACCCUUAAGAAGAAGAAGAGAAAGGCGGCUGCUGCUGCUGCCGCUGCGGCCGCAUCAGGAAAUGCUACUCCUGAGGCUAAGUCUGAAGCCGAGAACGAACAAGCGGCUUAA